GUUGACUGCUUUACCCCAGCACCUAGAAUCCGUAUUCUUUUAUUUCUCAAAUACCCUGUAGACCUCGUCAGGAGCAAACGAAACGAUCGAGAGUCCAUACGUAUACGACUACCUUCCUAGACACGUAAUUCAUCAUGGCGCCCAAGAAGAAAAUUGCCGUCAUGACGUCCGGCGGCGACGCCCCGGGCAUGAACGCAGCUGUUCGUGCCAUUGUCCGCAUGUCCAUACAUCUGGGUUGCGACGCAUUCUGCGUCUACGAAGGAUACGAGGGCUUGGUGCAAGGAGGAAAAUUCAUCAGGCAAAUGCAAGCAGAGGAUGUCCGCGGCUGGCUCUCCGAGGGCGGAACCCUGAUUGGUACGGCACGGUGCAUGGCGUUCUACGAGCGACCCGGACGUCUCACCGCGGCCAAGAACAUGGUUCUCAACGGCAUUGAUGCACUUAUCAUCUGCGGUGGAGACGGUUCUCUGACGGGUGCCGACAAGUUCCGCGCUGAGUGGCCAUCGUUGCUGGAGGAGCUUGUGAGCAAGGGCGAGCUGAAGAAGGAGCAGAUCACCCCGUACCAGCACCUCAACAUCGUUGGACUUGUGGGCUCGAUCGACAAUGACUUGUCUGGGACGGACGCAACGAUUGGUUGCUACUCAGCUCUGUCUCGAAUUUGCGAGAUGGUCGACUACAUCGAGGCCACAGCUGCGUCGCAUUCCCGAGCUUUUGUGAUCGAGGUCAUGGGAAGGCAUUGUGGAUGGCUCGCACUGCUCGCAGGAGUUGCCACUGGAGCUGACUUCAUCUUCAUCCCGGAGCACCCUCAGGAGGGCAACUGGAAGGAGGGGAUGUAUGCCGUAGUGGAAAAGCACCGAAAAUUGGGCAAGCGCAAGACCAUCGUGAUUAUCGCCGAGGGUGCCAACGACCGCAGUGGCAAGAAAAUCACACCUGAGGAAGUCAAGGAUUUGUUGGCAGACAAGAACGGUCUGGCAUUGGAUACAAGAAUUACUACACUGGGACACGUCCAGCGUGGUGGACGUGCGGUUGCCUACGACCGUAUCAUUGCAACACAGAUGGGUGUGGAGGCUGUCAGGGCUGUCAUCGAGGCAACACCCGAGACAGAGACUUGCUUUAUCGCCGUAAACGAAAACAAGAUUGUCCGCAAGCCUUUGAUGCAGGCAGUGAAGGAUACGAAGAAGGUGGCUACAGCGAUUGAGGCUCAAGAUUUCGACCAUGCUAUGUCGCUUCGGGAUUCCGAGUUCGCAGAACAGUACCAAUCCUUUCAAAUCAUGACCACUCCAGAACCGGCCCUGCUUCUGCCAAACGAGAAGCGUAUGAAAAUUGCCUUCAUCAACGUUGGUGCUCCAGCAGGUGGCAUGAAUGCAGCCAUACGCGCUGGUGUAUUGUGGUGUCAAGCCCGUGGUCACGAGGCCAUUGCUAUUCAUAACGGUUUUGCGGGAUUCGCGAGGCAUCAUGGCGACAAGCCCCUUGGCGCCGUUCGGCCGUUCGAUCGUCUUGAGGUGGACGGAUGGGCAAGCAGGGGUGGAUCAGAGAUCGGCACGAACCGAGAAGUACCCAGCCAGUCAGGUAUGGAACUGAUCGCGAAACUGAUUGGGCAGUACGAAUUUGAUGCAUUGUUUGUCAUUGGUGGGUUUGAGGCCUUCCAGGCCGUUUCGGAGCUCCGGAUGGCACAAGAGCAGUACCCUUCACUCCGAAUCCCCAUGGCUUUGCUGCCCGCGACCAUUUCCAACAAUGUUCCGGGUACCGAGUACUCACUUGGCUCCGAUACGGCCCUGAACGCCUUGGUAGACUACAGUGACAUGAUCAAGCAGUCGGCGGCAGCCACAAGGCGACGUGUCUUCGUCAUCGAGACGCAGGGUGGCAAGUGUGGUUACUUGGCUACAUUGGCCGGUAUGGCCUGUGGCGCAAGUGCUGUUUACACCCCCGAGGAGGGGAUUAGCCUCGACAUGCUGGCUGCAGAUGUAACCCACCUCAAGAAGAUCUUUGCGCAUGACAAGGGACAGUCACGGGCCGGCCGUCUUGUUCUUGUCAACGAGAAAGCCAGCAACGUUUACAACGCCAAGCUCAUUGCCGAUAUCCUCCGUGAGGAAGCUCACGGCAGAUUUGAGGCGCGCGACAGCAUCCCCGGCCACGUGCAACAGGGUGGUGUACCCUCUCCGAUGGAUCGCUCGAGGGCUGUUAGACUCGCCAUCAAGUGUAUUCAGCAUCUGGAGCAGUAUGGUCCGAAGCCGCAUGAAAAGGUCAAGGCGGACCCCAGGAGCGCCGGUGUCAUUGGAAUUCGCGGUGCUGAUGUCGUCAUGACGCCGAUGAAGGAUGUAGAGGACAAGGAGACUGACUGGCCAAACCGGCGUCCCCUGAACGCUUUCUGGACCGAGUUGAAGGAAAGCGUCGAUAUUCUAGGCAGCAGAGGCCCUUACCCAAGGCCUGAGCCCACUUUGAAGGGGCUCAAGGCUAAAGAUGUCAAACGUGGACUGGAGUAGGAAACAAACCCGUCCGGUUAUUUGAACAUCCGCUCCAUGUUACUUGCUUGGCUUGGCGUGCUGAUUCCUGGUGGUGUGCCUAAAAACACUGCAGGCACAAAAAUCUAACUGAAGCAUGGUUUAAUGACAAUAUGAAGUUUGGAAAUCAUAUCUUAUUCCCCUUGGCUCAGAUUGGCGGCUUUUCUUGACAUCGGACUUGGCUUGAGAUUUCUGAAUUGCGAUGAGCUUAAUUGUUCUCUUUUUGUGAAUGUUGUUGCCCUACACACCCGCUUAUGCGCACGCGAACUUGGCGUCUCUUCAAUACAACCUCGUCUCUGAAUUUUAACCCAUUAUCUGUUGUCCUGUCGGUAUAGAUACGAAAAUACGUCUUUAUCGCUUCCUUUCUCACAAUUUUUCACACGGCAAGGGAAUCCGAAGUUCUGACAAGUGUCUUACUCAGCGUGCACCCGAGAGAAGUCUUCGUGUGGCUGGCAUGUUUUCUCCACUCCCAUUGGACUGGUGAUCUGCAAUCGUAUGGAGUACGAUGGCUUCACCGAUGCAGGUUGUGUUUUCCUUGUCUUACAAGUCGUUUUUGCUGACUAUAUUUUGCUCUUCUUUUUGAAUUUAUCGUCUUUUGAACUUCUCGGGACUAUGUUCUAGUUAUCCAUGGGAAGACGGAAGCCGAGCAGUCCGUGGCAACAAAUGACGACAAGUUUGGAUGUCUGGAUAAUCUUCCUUCUUGUCCCAUUCACAUGUUUUCUCAAUCUCGAGGGACGAGGGCGUGGGGUCCUCUUAUGCGCGCCGCUGUGGGGUUGAGCAAAGCCCAGCGUUGCAAUUUUCGUGAUAUCCUUACCCCGUGUCCUAUUUGCUUCAAAGCAACUCAUUGGUGUACUCGUAAACACAAUUUCUCUCAUCAAAUGGCAUCAUUCCUCC